CCGUUCCACCCCGCUCCCCACUCCACCCUCCCGUUCCCCGCGUCGGCACUCCGCGCCACGCCACCGCCACCGCCACCGCACCGAGCUGCGAUCCCUCCUCCCCUUAUUUACGCGCAAGCAAGCAAAGAAAGCAAGCACACACCGCCUCGUCACUAGACCGAGCCUCAGAGCACGAUCUCCUCCUCUCCCUCUCUCUCGCCCAGCCUCGGCCUCGGCCUCGCGCGCGCCUCGCCAUGGCGGCGACGCCGGCGCGCGGCAGGCUCCUCGCCACCCUCGUCCUCUCCGCGCUGCUAGUCCUCCUCCCGGCGCCGCGCCCCGCGGACGCCGACGGCUCCACGUACCCGGCCGACUGCCCGUACCCGUGCCUCCCGCCGCCCGUGGCGCCCGCCGUCACCACCAACUGCCCGCCGCCGCCGCCCUCCUCGUCGUCCUCGUACUCGUACCCGCCGCCGGCCCCGUCGUCGUCCUGGAGCUACCCGCCGCCGCCGGGGGGCUACAUUCCCUACUACCAGCCCCCCGCAGGAGGCGGCGGUGGCGGCGGCGGUGGAGGAGGCGGGGGGUCCGGAUACCCGGCGCCGCCGCCGCCCAACCCCAUCCUGCCGUGGUACCCCUGGUACUACAUCAAGACGCCGCCGCCGUCGUCGUCGGCCGCGUCAUCGGUGCGGGGGCUUUCUGCCCUUGCCGCGGCGGCACUCGCUGCUGCUGCCGGCCUGCUGAUCGUGGUUUAGCCGCGGCACUUGAUCUCCAUUUUGCUCUUCUCUUCUUCCCCAGGUUCCUUCUUUGUUGAUUUGUUCAGCAGGAUUCAGAAACAUAUGACGAGGCAGCAUUAUAUUACUACUGUGUACUAGCAUCAGCUACAUACAUAUUUCUACAUAGCUUUAGUUAGUUUCUUUCUUGAUGAUCAUUCGAUCGAUUUGGUUGGGUAGUGGAGCAAACUAUUGCUAGUUCUUGAUGGGAGAUUGGGAGCAUCAUAUUCAUGAACGGCUAGCUAGGUAGUAGUGACUACAAGAAUCUACUGCCUUUUUCUCAGUGCCUCUCCUUUCAUUUUUC